GGCCGAGGCUCCAUACGACGACAAGCCAAUCAAGCCACUUCCUGAUUGGGGAAGCAUCCAGCCCAGCUGACGAGGUUCUUAGACUUUAUCAUGGCGAUUCAAAGGAAGAAUCAUAUUUAUCACCUUACAGCAGAUACCUGCAUUGCAUGACUGACUUUUACCAAAGUUCUAUUGAACUCGCUUCGUAGCUCUGUGACUCUCAUCUCGACGAAAGCUAUCUCUUAAAAGACGAUCUCAACAGAUCUAGGAUGUCUGAGCAAGAGUUUCCCUUACUGACCUGGGAGGAGGUUCAUCAGAAUCUAGUGCUGUCCAGCCGCAGUCGACCAGCUGUACCGGAUCUCCCGGGUUCCAACAAGAUCACUUCGCUUCUGUCUGCAUCCUCAUACUUACUCCCAGAACGCUCUAUUAGUCCACAACCAGCGACACCUCACCCUCGAACGCAACUUUACGGCGGCUUUUAUCUGGAAGAUCCGCCUGGUGCGGAUCAGCAGCCGGAAGUGUCGAAGCAUAAGUCCUCGAAACGAACCAGAACAGAUAUCGAUCCCACGGAUGGCCCGCUCUCAAGAAAACGAGGGCGACCUCGUAAGUCAGCUGGCGAAGGAGAAGAUCCUCAUGAGCGGCGUCGAAUGCAAAUUCGACUAGCACAACGGGCAUAUCGUUCCCGCAAGGAAGCCAGCGUUUCUUCCCUCCAAAGCCGCGUUCUUAAGCUUGAGAGUGCAGUGGAGCAGAUCAGUGCAGCUUUUUUGUCAUUUAGCGAUGAGCUGAUCCAAUCUGAGGUCCUGGCCUCCGAUCCUCGGUUGACCCUCCGUUUACGGGACACUGUACAGCUUUGUCUAUCUUUGGCGAAAGGAGCCAGCAUGACAGGAGAUCAAAAUAUCGUUACAAACGUGUCAUCCCCCAGCGAAGAAAGUCACACGUCUUCAGAGGAAAAGGAGCCUCAGCGCAGGCAAACUUCUCUCGCAACGUCGCCUCCUUAUAGAGAAUCUGCUGAAAGCGAAGAUUCGCGGACGCUACAAGCCACCGGCUUCAGGGGAACAGCAGAAGAUAAGUAUCCCCACGAGGCACCUUCCCUGGAUCUGAGCGCCUUUAUCGAACGGCUUCAUUUUGCGUGUCUCUAUGAAGGCUACUCAGCCCUCAGCGAUACCGCUGUAGGCAUGGACAUUUUACAGAGACCAUUUCGAUUCCUCCUUCGCUUGAUGGAUAGGAAACGCGUAACCUCUUACUUUGAAGCCUGCUUGCAUGCAAAAGCCAGUCGGAAGCGCCUGGAUGAGUGGAAAGAGAUACCCUACUUCAAAAUCGGUGGCGCUGGUACCCACUAUCCUCGCAAGACAAAGGCAAGCCCAAACGAAACUCUGCCGCGAUGGGAGAACAUCCAAGAUCCCACGUCAGAGCUACCGCAGGAGGUCCAGCAUGAGCUUGAUGGUGAGUGGUUUGAUAUACAGGAUCUAGAAGGAUUUCUCCUGGAAAAAGAAGUUGCAUUUGUCGUGGGCGAUACGAACAACUCUAGUGAUAAGCGAAACCUAGUGAACGCGGCACGUUUAAUUCAAGAAUUGUUAAAGACGGGCGUCUGCCUUGGCCGGACGCCGGGUUUCCGUCGUAAAGAUGUGGAAGAAGCCCUCCAUGUAGCUAUCUGUUCAUAAGGAUUGGAUGAGGAAUUGCUUUUCCAACCCAAUAUUUGGUCAGGUUGCUGCAAAAAGCAUCUAGAUGGCUGCCAUGAUCUGGCAUAACAAUCCCCCGAAAGUCCAAGAACAUUGUGGUAUGGCACAGAAUAUGUGGCAAAUUUUUACUACCGUAUUAGAGAGUUGGGGUUUACAAAGAUUAACGAACUUAAGAUUAAUGUUAUCCACAUG